GCUCACACACAUAUACUCCUCUUACUUUCACUCACAUACCGCCUGCUCCUCCUUCCCCUCCUCCUCCUCUCUCUUUCCUUUACUUGUCUCAUACAAUCUUCAUUCGAACUUCAUUAAAACCUCCCUUUCUCUAAUCAUUCUCUCACACUUUUCCCCCCACUCUCUCUGACAGUUUCUAUCUAUUUUUCCGCCCUCCCUCUCCUUCUCUCAUACUGUUUUAAUCUGUUUCCCUCCCCUUCUCACACUCUAUACACAUACUUUCAUACCUCCUAUCUCUUUUCCAGUCAUAUAACAUUUACACCGAUAUAUAUACACAUAAACACACAUACUCACACACACGCACACGUAUAUACACUCAUACAGCUAGAGCGAUAUAGUGUGCACACGUACUAUAGUCAACUUCACGUCGACCAAAAAUAUUUAUUUAUAUAUUUCAUUUUCCAUUUUUAAAAAAUAUUUUUUAUUUUGCUUUCCACUUCUUACUAUUUCUUGCUAUUGUAAACACUGUUUCGGGUUUUUUCAUACUUACUACAUGCACUGUCCUGAGAGGCCUAUUACCUUCGUCUUGAUUGAAACUUUAACCGAAUAAUAAUUCAAGAUUACCACUUGGAUUUUACAAUGUUACUUUAUUUACACCGGAACAUUACAUAAAAUCAACAAAUGGUGUUUGACUUCAGCUGCUAAGUUUGGACAAAAACCGUAACACAGUAAGCUUCAGUCAAAUCCAGGCAAAUCGAUGGGGUUUACAGAACUUGGCCGCCGAUGCAAGAAGAAAGAAUUACAUCCUGGCCCUCAGCAUCAUUACCACUAUCACCAACGCUACCAACGAACAACAGUAAUACCAACAACAACAAUAAAUAAUUAAUCAAAACUCAAAGAAAAGACAAAUGCAUUUUCUUUCCAAGACGCAACCUACCAUUGCAACUACAGAGGAUUGUACCAUUACUGCUAUUCAGGAAUAAUAAUAUAUUAUUAAAUAAAUAUAUAUAUAUAUAUAAUAUAUAUCGCAUAUAUAUAUAUAUAUAUUAUAUUUAUAUAUGCAAUAUACUUUUGUGAUUGAGUUGAAACACUUGAAUUAGGAUCAGCAUUGGAUACCAAAUUAUACAUCUACUAAAGAAACACCCCACUAGUUCCAUUUUGUUUUGGAAUCUGUUUGAGCCAAAUAUAAUUCUCCGCUUUCCUUGUCUUUUUUUCAUCCAUAUUUGGUCUUUUAUUUAUUUGAUUGUUUGUUUACUUUUUGUAAUUAAACAAAAAUUGUUGCCAUCAGUCCAGCCUAUCACUCUCCUGUACUAUCUAUAACUACUGUCCAAUGUAGUCUGAGCCAUAAUAUUACCAAAAAGAGGGUAGUGUUUUUCAAGUAAGAAUUUCAUCCACCACCAUCACCACCACCGCCAAGGUAUUGAGUUAACGGAGGAGAAAUGUCUGUAAAAUUACCUGUCGACGAUGCUUAGUCUACUAGUAAAGAGCCGGACACGACUGUCACCUAUGAAAUUACAACUUCACUUGGCUCUCAUUCUGUUCACUUUCACAUUUCUACACACAGUGACUAGUUACUCUCCAGGGGAUUAUCGCUAUAUUUCUUAUGAUGAUCUCUUAAAUAAUUACAAGUUCCACCAUAAAGAUCUUAUAGGCAAUGUACCAUUAACAAUUGACAAAAAGAACCACCAGUUGUUGCUUGGGGCUAGAAAUGGAAUAUUUCGGUUAUCUUUGGCAAACCUCACACUCACCGAAUAUGCUGAAUGGAUGCCUUCAGAAGCAACAUUGGACACAUGUAUUCAGAAAGGACUUCCAAAAGACGAGUGCCAUAACUUUGUACGUGUUUUGAUAAUCCAACAUGAACAAGUGCUGACAUGUGGAACCAAUGCUUAUAGUCCUAUGUGCUGUUGGCGAAAUGUAAAUUCCAUCAAACAUGUUUCGCAAAGGAUAAAUGGGAAACAGAAGUGUCCCUAUAGUCCCCGGCACAAUUUUACAUCAAUAAUUAGUGAAGAUGGGAACUUUUACACUGGUUCAGUGGUGGACAUCCAGGCUCGAGAUUAUGCCAUAUCUCGUGUUCUGGGUCCCUUGCCAAUUCUCAGAACUCUCCGAAGUAAUUCCAAAUGGCUAAAUGAACCCAAUUUUGUAUCAUCGUAUGAAAUCGAGAGCCACAUAUAUUUCUUUUUCCGAGAAACUGCUGUUGAAUAUAUUAACUGUGGCAAAAAAGUCUAUUCUAGGGUAGCAAGAAUAUGUAAGACUGACAGAGGAGGAGACAGCCUCCUUCUAGAAAACAACUGGACGACUUUUCUUAAGUCCCGGAUUAACUGUUCUCUUCCAGGAGAGUUUCCAUUUUAUUUCAAUGAAAUUCAGCAGACCUUCUAUUCCAAAGAAGAGAAUUUAAUAUAUGCUGUGUUUGGCACCGGAGACAACAGCAUACCAGGUUCAGCUAUCUGUAUAUAUGAUAUACAUGCAUUCCAUCGGUCAUUCUCUGGUGCUUUCAAAUACCAGAUGAAUGCUAACACAGCAUGGAUGAAAAUGGAAAAUCCAAAAGCAGAUUCACAGUGUCCCAGUCCAGGAAGCAGCAGUAAGCGUUCCUUUAGUAACCAUAUCUCACAAGUACUCCUAGAUGCGGAGAAAUAUCAAAUGAUGAACGAUGCCGUUCAGCCAGUAACUAACCGUCCUCCUUUUGUGGGUGUGGGUGAGAGGUGGACACAUAUCAUAGCUGAUACAGUUUACACGCUGAAGGGAAAGUUCUCUGUUGUCUUCAUUGGCACCUUAGAUGGAUAUAUUAAAAAGAUGAUCCAUAUUCCUCGAGUGAAUCUCAGUUGUAUUUUAGAAGAAAUCAGAAUCACUCCAAAGGGACAAAACGAACCUGUAAACUCGAUUAUAAAAUCUAGAGAAGAGAAAGCACUCUAUGUUGUAACUAGCAGAACUUUAAUAAAGAUACCAUUCGAGAGAUGUCAUCGAUUAAAAACCAAGAGUAUGUGUCUUCAGGCCCGGGAUCCCUAUUGUGCAUGGAAUAAAAUAAACAAGACUUGUGCAACACCACCAGUCAACCAGCUAGAGACUCACUUUUGGCUUCAGGAUAUCACAUCAUGUCCUGUUCUGGAGACACCAGUUGAUGGACAGUGGUCACCUUGGUCACAGUGGUUGCAAUGUCGAAUUGUAGGACCUGAUCGUCUUGGUGAUGACUGCUGGUGUCGCACUCGUACUUGUGACAACCCAGCUCCGCGACUGGGUGGCAGAGAUUGUGUUGGUGACACAGUUGAAGUGUCCAACUGUACCACACAUGGUGGAUGGACUCCAUGGUCUGCUUGGACAUCCUGUUCUCAGACGUGUAAUAGUGGUGUUAGAUCUCGCACACGUACCUGUGGGAAUCCGGCCCCACUGCAUGGAGGACGUGAUUGUGAGGGGUCCGCCAAGCAGGAGGAAUAUUGUCCUGGAAAUCCACGUUGUCCUUAUAGCCCUAUCAAUGGCCAGUGGUCAAUGUGGUCCUCAUGGGCUGGAUGCUCAGAGCGAUGUUAUGGAGGAGUUCAAACAAGGCGCCGUAACUGUGACAACCCACCGCCAAAACACAAGGGUUUACCUUGUAUUGGAAAUGAACAGGAAUGGCGUAUGUGCAAUAAACAUAACUGUGAUGCCAAAGUAAAAGUGGUACCAUGGAGCGACUGGGUGAAGACGAAUACAACAAGAGGAGGAUACUUUGAGCAGCGCUUCCGUUUUUCAUGCAGCGCACCAGUCCCGGAUCGUCACAUGAUCCGAGCAAAGCACAUGAAAAGCCAAGUGCGUUUCUGCUUCAACAAUGGAGUGUGUCACAACUCAGGUGAGCUUCGCAAUCCUGUCGACAUAUACACGCCCGUAGAUCGAGUCCUUCGCAAGUACUGUAAGUUCAAAAGGAAACUAUUCCGUAAAUACUGCAACUGCCGGACACUUGGAGUCUUUCUAGUGUGUCAGAAAUGUUCAUAGUAGAAGUAGUAGUGGUACACCUAGCGGUAUAAGUGGAGGAAAUAUAAAUACAGACACACAACAUGCAAACAACAACAACCAACAAACAAACAAAAAGAAAAUAACUAACAAACAAAUAUAUAUUAAUGUGAUUGUGAAUAACUAAGAAAUUUUACAUGUAUACACUCACACACACAUGCAUACACACCAUGCACACACAUGCAAGUCCUCCUAUACACUCACCAAGCCAUAUACAUUGCAUUACACGUGUAAAGUGUAUGGCUUGGUUUGUUAUAUAAAUAUAAUUAUAUAUACCCAUGUAUAUAUUUCUAAGAUAUAAUAUGUCUAUAAGUAACAUAUAUAUAUAACAUAUUUAUAUAUGUAUAUGUACAUACACUUGUAUAAUCCAUAUAUUCAUAUAUAUAUAUAUAUAUAUAUAUAUAUAUAUAUAUAUAUAUAUAUAUAUAUAUAUAUAUAUAUAUAUAUAUACAUACAUAUAUGUGGAUAUUUUGAAUUGAAGGAAAGAGAGAUAUUGUACUGCAUGUAAUUUUUGUGUUUGCUUUUUCUCUUCCCCACCAUAUACAAUUUCCUCCCCUUGACCUACUGGCUCUCCAGUUUUAUUACAUACUUGUUUGUUCACCUUUCACCACCAACACCAACACCACCGCCACCAUCGAUUUUUUACUAUGGUUUUAAUAUUUACUUCUCCUGUCAAUCCUUGAAACCACCUUGACCAUUUCCAUCAUCACUAUCACCACCACCACCACAAUGACCACCACUGUAUUUGUCUCAUUGCUACAACCACAACCACAACCACCAUCACUGUCACCUCUUAUAAAUAUCAAAAUCAAAGUUAGAAACUUAGUGGGUCUUCCAUCACUGCUUCAACAAGCAUGGGAGACAACCCUGGACAUGUUUCUCUUUUGUUAUAGGCUCAUCAGUAAAAUGUAGCCAUUACUGCAUUUACCAAAACAAUGAAAACAAUAUUGUUUUAUUUUUUCACUGUUUAAUUAUUUCUGGUUAACAUAUUUAGUGUUCUGUACAUUAGAUAUAUUAACACUAUCUUAACUGCUGUUAUUUUUCAUAUGGAGGCAUACCUGAAUUAUUUAUUCUCUAGACAAUUAUAGAUCCCUUUGACAUGCAUCUCUACUCUUGCAACCCCAAUACCUAAUGUAGACAUGAUAAUUAAAUGAAAAAAAAAAGUAAUGUAAAGGACAAAAAUAAAUCUAAGGAUGAUCAAAUUUGCUUGAAAAUGCAAAAAGAAAGUUGGAAAGGGGAAAACAGUUGCAUGGUGGGAAGAAGUAGAGAGUAAAUAAAGUAUAAAUGUAAACCGUAAAUUCUGGUUGAAUGUUUGGUAGAUAGAAUGAUAGUCAUGCUGAUAGUCUUUUUUUUUUUGUUUUUUUUGUAAACUGCAUGAAGUGCAUAUAUAUAAUAAUUUAUUGUUGCAAUUAUUAUAUUUUCUCUUUUUCAUUAUUAUUCUUGUCAUUAUUACCAUUAUUUCCAUUAACACCACCAUCAUCAAUAUCAUUAUCUGGAUUAGAAGAAAUAGUUGAGCACCAGACAAAAUACUAUGUAUUGGGGGUUCAUUUUCUUAUCUUGAUAAGCUCAAUUUUUACCAUUCAUCCAUCUACAACCAAUUAAUUUAGUGCUGUUCAAAUACUGGGGUCAAUUUUAUUGGUUGUAUCUUCUUUUAAAAUUAUAAUCUUGUGUCCAUGUUGAAAAUUAUUAUUAUUGAGAGAAGAAGCAACAUUAUCGUUCAUCCUUUCAAAGCUGAUAAAAUAAAAUACUAGCCACACAUUGGGAUCAAUCUAAUUACUGUAAUCUUCAACUGUAUUUGUGGCUUUGUGCCCAUUAUAGAAAUUAAAGUACCUGAUAUUUAA